GUGUUGACCUAAAUCCCAGCAUGGAUGGAGAAGCUCUGAUAGGAGAAAAGGAGACUUCUUCAGGUGAGGCACCUCACUCUGUUACGUUUCUCUCUUCAUCAAGAUGCUUCCUUUUCUUCAGCUCAGAAAGGUCCUUUUGCUGCAUCUGUCUUGUUUUUAUUUAGGAUUGCCGUGCGUUGGGUGAUUCUAAAGCUAGAAACUGGCAUCACAAAACCUUCCUGGGCAUCAGUGAUCUUCAUGAUGCGGCAGGCUUCCAUUAGGAAUCAAAGGAACAAAGGAAUGAGGUUAAACAGUUUCCUUCAGAUUUGCAUCUUGACUCUUGUGUUCUUCUGGUUGCUUUAUCAGUUGAAACACUCUUUUGACAAGAAGAAGGGACCGGAUGAACACGGAUCGAGAAGUUUAAACAAUGUCGUCGACAGCCAUUCGGAAUUUACAGUCCUUGGCCGGAAAACCCUCCCGCAUGACCAGGCCAUCGUUUCUGAAGGUAAAGUCAGUAACGAGGAUAAAGAAAAUGAAGAAGAAGUCCAGAAAGGCGAAGAAGACGGAGAAUCCCAGCACACUAUGGACGAUGAAGUGGCCAAAGAGAUUCCGGAAGAUGGGAUUGAUGAGCUAGAUAAUGAGCAAGAAGAUGAGCAGGAUUAUGAAGCUGAGGAUGGAGACGAUGCUGGAAAUGAAGAAGAAAAAGAUGAACAAGUCGAGGAGGCUGAGUUCCUGGAUGACCAAGACCCUGAGGAAGAUUCUUUACUAGAGGCACAUGAAAAAGGCCAUCGCGACCGAUCGAACGGAACUGGAGAUAGGAAUAACCGCAAUGUCGGUAAUAAUUCUACCAUCACUGAUCUUGCUGAUCUACAAAAUGAUAUCGACUAUAACAAUAGCCUAACCACAAGAGGAUCUUCUGUUGAGAAAUUGGAGCAAGAUGUUUCUGCUAUCAAUCAUUCAAAGCUAAAGGGCAACCUUCUUACAGCAGGAGUGUUGGAUGUUCGAGUGAAUCGACAAACCAAUGAAAAUCUAGGAAAGAACAACCUUCUUCCACUUGACAAUGAAGCUCUCAUCCAGAGCAUAGGUAAUGCUCAAAAUACCGCGAUAUCUUUGCAGAGAAAUGAUAAGUCAAACACAACUUUGGCAUACACUCUCUGAUGUUUCUCUUGCUGCAAAUGACAAUGUAGCAGAGAGCCAUUCAGCUAAAGAUUCACGCAAUGUUCUAUCGACCUUAACCCGACAAGUAAAGAAUGCGGCCGGGCGGGUUGGAAUAUGGAUUGGAGUUCAUUCUGUCAUGUAAAAGAUCUAAGUUAGUAGACUGUGCUUUCUUACUAGUCUUUCUCAUUCAGGUGUGCUCUUGCUCUACUUCAAUUAUGCUUUGCAUAUGUGUUGGGUUAAUGCCAAGCAUUCCCAAUGGCAUGUUUUCUCUAGAUAAGAUCCAGAUGUCAAUGAAAGAGUAGCUUUAGAAGAACAUUCUCAUGUCCUCUUCUUCUUCUUAAUAUUCAAGCAAACUACUGUUGUGGAAUUA